CCGGCAGAUCGCGCUGCUACACCUCAGUUAGCGCGUCUGCCUGCUUUCAUCCCCCUGCUGCUGCCAGCGUCAUGAUAUUUAGCAGUCAUGGCGCUGUGCACUCGCUCAGCGUCGUCACUGUUCCUCCGUAUACCUUACUCAGGCCAAUGAGGCCUUUGCAAGGACGCGAGGCGCGUGGCUUUCGCUCUCUACUAAGUCGGUGUUGCCGUCGCUGCCGCUUUUCCUGUUCACCAUCUUCCCGUUUCCGCAUCUUAUAUACUGCCCGUCAGAAGAUGGGCACAGCAAGGCCGUCUCGCCAGGUGUGGCAUGCGAGUCACGGCAUUGUAUUUGCCGGCGACAGCCAAGCUGCUCAUCCUCGGCUGCCGCCCAUGAGACACCACAGCGCAUCAGUAGCUGUUUCUCAAGAGAGAGAGCCUUUACCGGCGUUUGCCGACGGUUUGCGCUGUGGCCCUGUUUCUACCAAGAGUGCUGGGAACAUGCUCGGCCAGCCGAUAUCGAGUUCGACCAGCUCAACGACGGCUCAUACCGGCUCCAUUUCUUUAAGAGAGACCGCCACCGCCAUUGUGCCUUCCAAUACUGUCGCCGCUCCUACUACUAAUACAGCUGUUGCCGUGGUCAACGAUCCCGCUGAGGAUGUUCAAGCUGUGGUCACCGCUACGGAAGAGACCAAACCCCCGGACCAUGCAACCCUCAACCCACCGUUCACGCCACUGGAAUUCAAGAUUCCGGUAGAGGCCUUUCGAAAAGCGAAGCAAGCAGCCGAAGGAACACCUGAGUCCUUCUGGUCUUAUAGCUUGUAUCGAGGACCUGGUACGGAGGACAAUCCCGAGGGCAAGAUUAAGGUGCACUAUUGCACCAGUCUAAACACCACCGAGCGCGUCCUCCAACAGUACUUCGUCCACGAAAAGGUGCUCGGCUUCGACUUAGAGUGGUCACCGUCUGCAACCAAAUUCAGCGGGGCUAGGAAGAACGUCUCGGUCGUCCAGCUGGCGUCCCCGAGUCGAAUCGGACUGUUUCACAUUGCCAUGUAUCCUCCAAAGACCCAAGAGUUAGUUGCGCCCUCUCUGAAGAAGAUCAUGGAAGACCCCGAAAUUACAAAGGCUGGCGUCUGGAUUAAGGGAGACUCUUCGCGCCUGAAUAGCUACUUGGGCAUAACUCCCCGCGGCACGUUUGAGCUGAGCCACCUGUACCGGCUCGUCAAAUACUCGGCCAGCCGCGAGUAUAACCUCAUCAACAAGCACCUGGUUUCUUUGGCUAGACAAGUGCAGGACUGCCUCGAUCUUCCCAUGUUCAAAGGGGAAGACGUCCGUACUAGUGAUUGGUCCAAACCCUUAAAUAUGUCCCAAAUAAUCUACUCUUCAUCCGACGCCUACGCCGCCGUCCAGCUCUAUGCUAUCCUGGACCAUCAACGACAGAAAUUGGACCCUACUCCUCCCCUACCUGCCCACGCCGAACUCAACCUCCCUAUCCAGCGAGCCGAGGGGUUGCCGGAAACAGCGCCAAUAGAAGAACAGGAACCAGACGCCGAGACAGCCGCCUGUGAAGCCGCUGCAGGCGAAGACACGCCGCCAAUUACAGCUGAAGCUUACGCCAAGCUCUGCCAAACACUCAACAACAGCGUAAGCCUCGAAUCCGAAGCCGAGCCCAGCACGUCAGCCGGGGAUUUCAGCGACCCGGUUCUCCCCGUCACGCCCCAACAACAACAGGGACCAGAAUCCAAACCCUCAAACACAGCAAGUACUAGCAAACCAACCCCAAAAGAAAAGGAAAAAGACCCCCGCGUAACGGAGGCAACACUCUGGGCAUCGCAGUACCGCCUCGCCCACCCUCGAACGCGUGCGACGCCCAGCAGCCUGCGCGCGUACUACCUGUGGCAGAAGAACGCCGACCUCAGCCCCGCGGCAGUCGCUGCGCUGCUGCGGGACCCGCCGCUCCAGACCAUGACGGUGGUGAAUUACAUACUUGAAGGUAUCCGUCUCGGCGGGAAGGACGGCCUGCUGCCGUUUAACAAGCAGCGGUUAAGAGAGGAGGUGUUGACCCUGAUCCCCGCGGAUGUCUUGAGGGGGAGGUAUAGAAGCGUUUUGAAGGCCUGCGAGGCAAGUGAGCAGCGAACGGAGGAGGGGGCGUGAGAAUUGGGUGGCUAUAUUGAAUUUGAUCAAGUGGGAGGUCUGUAGAGAGAGCUCUUGGACACAUAAAGUUAGUAGGCCGGCGUUUGUUUGGGCUUUGAUAUACACUGAUACAUGGUAAAUGGGGAAACGGAGAUGGAGAUAUACCCAACUAAAAAGGGGCGCGCCCCUCAUAUCAACUCCGGUCUGGCAUAGUAUUAUAGCAUAGUAGAGCAAGAAGACGAGCACCAGAAAAAUCUACACCUGAGCGCCAGCUCCUUGGAGG